AUGCCCCCCAAACGUAAUAAAAGUGUUACUCCAUCUGGAGUUAAUCCUGCCAGAGCAGCUUCUGGGAAAGCUUGGGACUCAGCUCUGUCUGCUGCUGUGUUUGAGGAGAAUGACUGGAGGGUCAGUGUGUCCUUGGUGCAGGCAGAAAGUGCAGAGGAUGAAGAGCUCAUUAAUGCCUUGCUACAGGCCGUUCAAAGACCUCUGCGCAAGCUAUUCAGUGCGCUGUCGUGGGAAAACACUCUGGAAAAGAUCAAUGAACUAGGAAACCCAAAGUCCAGAAAGACUAAAGAUGUUCCCUUGUUUUUUGAGGUGACUGAAGUUGCAAAGUCACUUAUGGAUUCUGGAGAAAAUAUUACUGUGGAUCUGAUGGCAAAACUGAUAAAGUUCCAGCUUCUAACCAUCAAAAACUAUGACAUUGAAAGGAGAACCGCUGAAAAGAAGGCUGUAGAGGAGAAAGCAGGAGUUAAUUCUGCCAGUAAGGACCAGGGAGGUAAAGGAAAAGGGAAAACAGCUGCUGAGCUUCCUCUUCCAACCAAGAACACCAAACUUAAACGCAGAGGCGAAGAGGAGCACACUACCGAAUACAUAGAUGAUGAGCCAGAUGAUGGCCCGCAACAUUACAUCCUGAUGAUGGGGUUCAACCAGCCCCAUCUAAUCCCUGCAUUGAACUCUUUGGGUAUCUAUGUGUCCAAUGUUAUUAAACUAAGCUUUGAAAGCGAAGACCAAUCAGAGGCUCCCAAAGAAACAUUAUCAGACAAUCACUAUUCACACGAAGAUCCGGAAGUUGGGUCUUUGAAACGAAGGAGGCAGCAAGAGUUAGAUGUGUUUUGGAAGCAGUUGGAUCAGGUCUUGAACAGUGGGAACGUGGGAUCCAGACUCAGUGAUGUGGCCAGAUUGAGCUACAGUGUAAAAAUGCAUCUGCUGCCCCAAGACAAAGGCAACGCUGAAGCCAUGAUGGCCUUUGGUGCUGAUGUAUUUGAGGGUGUAGCAUGUCUGGUGUAUGACAGUCUGGACUGGAGAAGACAGUACAGUCAUUAUCUCAGCUCCAUUAGGAUGAUGCAGGUGCCAGUGGCCAUCAGACCCAAUCAGCAGUCCCGACCGCAGAGCUCAUCUGAGGUUAUACAAACUCCAAGGAAGAAAGACGAAGUCAAUGAGCCAGAAUCUCCUGCUUUGAGCACAGAUGUUGAUAUGCGAUGUUACAAUGACUUACUGAACAAAAUUCCUGCUGAAAUCACAUCCGUUCCACUUAUCCUGGACUGCAUGCUGGAGCAGGUGGUGGCCUCAGAACGGGAAGUGAUGUCAGGAUCAGUCGAUUCAGAGCAGCCCGAUCAAGAUCAAAUCAGUUACAUGGUCUCAUCUCUGCUGCACCUGCCAAUUCCUGAAGAAGAAAGGAAGAAACUGAUGGAGGAUUUUGGAAUCCAGGACACACCGACGAAUGCGGAUCACAAACAACCCCUCCUAAUAAAUCAUCACGAUGAAAGGGAAAGAAGACUCCACCAGUUAUCUGUUCGGGAUGGGUUUGAUGCCAUCAAAAUUGAAGCAGACAUCAUGAAUAAAAGCUAUGUGUGGACCAGCCUGAUGUCUAGAUUCCCUGCGAGUUCCUAUGAUAGACUGAGCAGAUCUCAAGAGCUGCGGCACUUCUGCACUAAUGAGUCAAUGAGCUGGUCUGAACUACAGAGGCUUCUUCAGCUGUUUGUGUUUGAGAGUGUGAACUUGACUACAAUAGAUGACAACGGCUAUACGAAAGGAUCAGACCCUCCAAGCCUCACACCAUGGGACAACCCUGUUGAAUUUGCCAAACACUUGUAUUGGAAAAACAGGUCAGCAGGAAGUUCUGCUGGGAUUGAGAAGCAAAAGGGUAAUGAAUUGACGAUGACAGAUCUCCAAAAGACGUUCAUUCGACGAUUAGAAGGCUGGAAUUUUGUGGAGAACCACCAUGCAUCUGUUUUCCCUCAGGUCCUCCAGUGUGCAUCUGAAAUGUAUAGAUUUGUGGACCGAUUUUACUGCAGCAGAGACAACGCUAUAUAUGUCAUCUGCCAUAAUCUCAUGAGCCCUCAGAGGACUUGCAAAGAAAUUUGGAAUGCAUCACUUCACACAGAUGUGGGGUUCAGGAACUACUUGGAAUAUGUGUCCAACUCCAUUCGUGAAUGGACCAAACAAGAAGAUGAAAAAUGGCAAAUGGAACAGGAAAGAAAAGAGGAAGAGAGAACUUUUAUACAAACUCCUUCAGAAGCCGAUAGGAAGAGAGACACACCAGUCUCAGACACAGAAUUAUAUAUUAGAAAGGAUUCUCUCAAAGCAUGGAAAAUGGAGCAGGAUAGAUUAAACGAGGAGGAGCAAUUAAAAAAGACAAAGGAUAAAGGAGGGAAGGCCACACCAAAAGUCAAAGAGGAGAUCAAGAAGACCCCGGUUUCCUCAAGGAAGGGCAGAGAGAUGAUGUCCAAAACGCCCAGUUCAGUUACACUGACUGAAGACAAGAGCAGAGAUGUUAUAGAGACACCUCAAGAACCAACAGGCACAAGGAGAACAAAUGCAUUUACAGGCUACAGUUUAAAUGGGAAACUUGUGCAGGUCUAUGGGGAAGUUCAGUCUCUCUUUCCCUCUGAUGGUGGGCAAAUAGAUGUUGAGAGUUUACAUUUCAUACAAGGGUUGAGACAGUUGAAAAUAUGUGUGAAGAAGGAUGGCCAUCACCUCUACACAUACAUUACAGAGAGAAAGAAAGAAGCGGAUAAACUGAAGGACAAUGAUAUGCGGAUUAAACAAGCUACUCUAGGAGUCGAGACAGAUUGUAAGACAGAGACAUGUGGCUCUUUCUAUGCUGUCCUGGCCAAUGGCAUUCAGCUCUCAUGCAGUCAUACCAACCCGAGCAAGUCAAAAGCUCAAAUUCUCCGGCCGAUAAUCCCUAACUUCUCUACAGACCAACAGCUACAGGACCAGGUAGAUUCUCCUGAAGUACAGUGUGAGCAUAUGGACGGCUCUUCUUCGUUCCUCAGUCUACAUGUGUCUGUUCCCAAUGGACUCAUCGUGCAAUUUAAUUUUGAAGAUUUAGCACAUGGUCAUUCUAGCAGUCGGUCUCUGCUGAUAAAACAGAGAUACUAUAACACAGAGCCUGGAUCAGACAUCAGCAUAAACACUGAGGUCUCAAGAGUGAUCACAAGCAGAGGAGCGGUCAUAAAACACAUGAAAGGUGGAGCUACUGAGGUCCUGUUUGCGGACGGUACAGUAAGUAGAAGUCCAGACUCAGACCCAGUGUGUGUAGUCGCUCCUCAGACAUCCACAGAGGAUGUAGUAGAGUCUGUCAAAGAACCUGCAGUGAACACCAGAGGCAUUAAAGACAAAAAAGGGAAGGCUGAAUCUGCAGAUGACAUAAGCCUAACUCAACCUAACUUAGUAGAAAAAGAAAAGCCAACAUGCAAAGUUACUGGAGGUUCUUGGACCACUACGACACCCUCUGGCUUCAGAAUCGCCUCUGUAGCAGGAAAACAAAUCAGCGUGCAGCCACUUUUGGCCUAUCAUGCUACAGACCCCUUCAAUGAGACAGUUGUGGUCACACGAGAGGACAAAGUUCUCUCUGUGCUGAGGAAAGAUGGAACUGUGAUAGUGGAUCAUGCAGACGGUACACGUAUUACCACCUCACACCAGCAGAGGGAGCUGCAACAACAUCUAAACUCAGGAGAUAAGCUGGUCCGAGUGGAGAAAGCCGAAUUUGCCACAGUAAUAAUGGACUGUGAUGGAAAAAGUUGCGAUGUUCUCUUUGGAGAUGGCACUUCCAUUACAGGGACAGCUCUUGGAUCAUACAAGGUUUAUUCUUGUGAUGGAGGUGUUCUUCACAUCCAUACAGAUGGUAGGGUGGUGUACACAUCUCAUCAGUCUGGAUCAGACGAUGACACACUAGGCCAGUAUGUGAUGGACCACAGAGCUGAUGUCCUCUGCCAUACGAUAGACACAGACGGGAACCGGUUUGAAGUUAAUACAGACGGUCAGGUUGCUGUCACGGCUUGUAGAUCAGAACAUAAGACAUCAAAUGAGUCAGAAACACACCCACCCAGGUUGUUUGUGGUACAUGAAGAUGGAUCAGCCUGCGAGCUGCUAAGAGCUCAAGAUGUAGAAGAUCUCCUGCAGAAGGCUUGCAGUGACUCUACCAUCGCCGUUCUCACCGACCCACUACCAGAGUCACAUGAAUCGAGUUGCAUCACUCUUUUGCGGCCCUGUCCUAAAGACAGCAGCUCUCAUUGGCUCUUAUCCAAGCAAGAGGAUGACAUCAUUCCAGCCAAUCUUAAAUCCAGGAAAUGGGACUCAUUCCCAUCUGAGAUGAAGACUCCAGGCCUUCCUUUUGGCACCACAAUUGGCUGUGGUCUUAAGAUAAAGGAUAAACCCAUGUGUACUUCAGUCCGAGUCCAGCCAGUUUUGGAGUGUCCUGAUGUGCUGCUGGUCCGUCAGGUGAUCCAGCAUCCGGCCGUCACCGAACCUCUGCGUAGAAAACUGCAGGAGAACAUCAAGGUAUAUAUUGAGCAGUUACUACAAAGAGAGUAUCAAUGGGAGAAGAUGCAGCUGAAGGACCCACAUACUCCAAAAGACAAAGAUCAGCAGAACAGUCUACUACAGCUUGUACUGUCCCUGCCAGACGCUGAAGAUCCUACAGUUGCCAUAGAGAUAAGACCUCCAUCAGCUGAUGUGGCGUCUCUUUAUACUCGAGCGGUGACAGCGGCCCAACAGCUCAACGAACUACAGGAGAAAACUGAAGUGAAACAUAUCGAGUAUGUCGAUAAGCAGAAGCAAAAAUCUUUGUGGGAAAACAGGAUUAACAGGCACAGACAAGAACUCCAGGAGGAAAGGAGACACAAGAUGGCUCUCAGACUUGAAACGGUUACUCCAUACUUUCAUCCUGAACUGCAGGAGAUGAACUCAUUCUUCACACAUGAGGAUCUGGACUUAAAUUUCCUCUCCCAUCAACUACCACCAUUUCCUCAAGAAAGAAAAUCCAGAGCGCCAAGUUUUUUCAUGGACUCUUCAUCUGGCAGUAGUAGUUCACUUUAGGAGCUCAAAAAAAUACAUACAAUAAAAAUAAAAAAUAAAAUAUAAAAGAA